UGCUGCAGGCGCUAGUGAUCGCUCGGACGCCAUACGCGCCGCACGUACCGACUGCUCCUAAACAAGACAAAACCCAUCCGACCCGACCCCGAGUGACCCCAAAAAGUGCAUGAGAGCGGCACACGAACGAAACGAAUCCGCGAACAUUCCGCGAAUAACUUUACACUUAAAUUAUUAUUUAAUCUUAAACUAACCGCUUAGCAAUAACACAUGUGAGCUUAAUUAACUGAUUUAGCAAAUUAACAUAAUAAGGUGAAAACUGAUAAUCCACGGACUGUGCACUAGAAGAGAGAAGACAAGAUUCUAAUCGCAAAUGUUAUCGUCGUAUUAGAACAGAACCGGCGAUCAGUAUGUCUGAGGCAGACGUAUCACUGAUCCGAGACGAAGACGUCCUGCGUCGGAUGUGGCAGCAAACGGAGGACUUUUCACGAAAGAAAGAGAUCCGCGCGCACAUGUACCGACUGCGAGAGGAGCGCCUGCGCAACCUAUACUCGCCCGAACCCGGCGUCGACGCCAAAGGUUGUGAGUUUACUACGCACGGCCACGUGAAGUCGUUCGCCGACCAGAACUUCCAAUCGAUGAAAAGCAAGGAGGUUCGGGAUGCGAGCUCCCCGACCAAGGAGUUCACGUACCGCGGCCAAGAUCUCAAGGACCUUUCCAACGCUGGAUGGAAUGUAGAAUCAGAGAACAGAACGACAGACGACGGCCGCACGCACGUGAAGUCAGUCCACGCUAACAUAGAAGGGAAAUACGACGUCGAUGGUGGCCAAGGUCAAUUCGCAGCGGUAGACUACAACAAAAAAGCCACCACUGAAUACGACGAUGGAAAAACUAGUCUCAAACGGAAUGAAAACGUUUCUAACACCGCAGCACAUGAACAAGUCGUGCGCAAAACUAAGGAUGGAAUGCUUUCCUCAUCAACAACAAGUUCAUCGACUGCCACGUCCAAAUUCGAAAAAGUUUCCACUCGCGAAGCAGUGCCAUAUCAAUCCGCCGAUGACUUCGACCUGUCUUCACAAAAAUCCUACAACACUAAUCGUACCGAUGAAGUCGAUGAUAUCACUUCUCAGAAAUUCACAAAACAAAAUACUAGUGAAUACGAACAGAAUUUAAGGAUUGAUUUCAAUCAAGGAGAAAUAGUUUCGAGGAAAGUUGACUAUCCGGAUGAGAAUACGAAAGUUAUAGUGGAAACUAGGCGUUUACCAGACGGCACUAGAGUGACGAGCACUCGCCGGGAGUUCCGCGCCCCUUCAGUUCAGACUAGUCAUUCAGAACAGCACUCUUAUCAAACUAGAACUGCAAACAAAUCUUAUGAAACUUCGCAGAAGCGAAUUAAUGAAACCUCCUCAAAAAUUAUUCAUGAAUCUACCAAUGAUAGAAAUGAUAUUGUAGACUCUCAAAAGAUUAGUGAUGAUUAUGAUUUUAAACGCAAUCAAACCUAUUCUGAAAACAAAGUCGAUGACUACAAUCAAAGUACCGAAAAAUAUAGAAAUAACCGCAGGGUAGACUCUCACACAACUGUUGAGGACUAUGAUUACAGAAAAACCCAGGAUGAUUUGGUAAAUAAAACUGAUGACUAUGAAAGAACGACUGACCAAUACAGAAAACAACGUAAACAUGAAAGCGAUGUAGAUGAUAUAACUCAGCGUGAUCAUAUCACUCAUCGAGAUAUUAUUACUUCAACAGAUGACACGGAUGUGAGACACCGUGAUAGUAGUGAUAUUUAUUCGCAAAAAAAUAUUGACGAACGUGUACACAAUAUCACACGUGAAAAUAAAACUGAUGACUUUGAAAGAACUACUGAGAAAUACAGAAAACAACGUAAGCACGAAACCGAUGUAGAUGAUAUCACUCGGCGUGAUCAUCUCACUCGUCAAGAUAUUACUACUUCGAAAGAUGACACGGAUGUGAGACACCAUGAUACCAGUGAGAUUCAUUCGCAAAAAAAUACUGACGAACGUGUCCACAAAAUCACACGUGAAAAUAAAGUUGUAGAGAAGAUAACGAGUACUGAUCAGUAUCAGUCAACAUAUCAGACUGAUUAUACUCAAAGGAAGAUAAGCAAUGAUUUGAGCCCUGCACACCAAGCAUGGGCGAGUACUCUUCGUUCCGAUACUCCAACUAGGCCAUCGACAAGGGCUUCCUCUCCUGGAAGUAAGACGUUUAAGUCGAGCACAUCUUCUUUAAGAAGUAGCAUAAGCCCUGACAAGAGUUACAGAAAACCAGCUAAUCGAGGAGAAAGCCCUGAAAAGACUUACAGAACACCAACAGGUCGAGGUGAAAGCCCUGAUAAAACUUCCAGAACACCCGUGGGCCGAGAUGUAAGCCCCGAUAAGACUUCCAGAACACCUGUGGGUCGAAGUAAUAGCCCCGAUAAGACUUUCAGGAAACCAUCGAGUCGAGGUGAAAGCCCUGAAAAAAGCUACAAAACACCUGUAGGUCGAGGUGAAAGCCCUGAAAAGAGCUACAGAACACCUGUGGGUAAAAGUGAAAGCCCCGAUAAGACUUACAAGAAACCAGCUAGUCGAGAUGAAAGCCCUGAAAAAAGCUACAGAACACCUGUAGGUCGAGCUGAAAGCCCUGAUAAGAGUAUAAGCCCUAAUAAAACUUACAGGAAACCAUCGAGUCGAGGUGAAAGCCCUGAAAAGAGCUACAGAACACCUGUGGGUAAAAGUGAAAGUCCCGAUAAGACUUACAGGAAACCAGCUAGUCGAGAUGAAAGUCCUGAAAAAAGCUACAGAACACCUGUAGGUCGAGCUGAAAGCCCUGAUAAGAGUACAAGCCCUAAUAAGACUUACAGAAAACCAUCGAGCCGAGGUGAAAGCCCUGAAAAAAACUACAGAACGCCUGUAGGUCGAGGUGAAAGCCCUGAUAAGAGCUAUGGAACACCUGUGGGUCGAGAUGAAAGCCCUGAUAAGAGUUCCAGAACACCUGCGGGUCGAGGUGAAAGCCCUGAAAAGAGCUACAGAGCACCUGUAGUUCGAGGUGAAAGCCCUGAUAAAACUUCCAAGAAACCUUCGAGUCGAGAUGGAAGUCCGAGUAAAAUUGAUAGACAUUCUCCUUCACGAACUGUUAGUUCUGAUAAAUAUUCCACUACUGAAUCGACUACAACAGUUAAAGAGACUACGGUAAACAAACAUAAUAGUUCUAAAGAAUAUCUACAAGACAGUCGCCGGUCAAGACUGAGUACAAGCCCAGAGAAACCAGACCAGAAUCAUCGCUCCAGAACCAGUCCUAGUCCAGAAAGAAAACCGAAAAGUAAAGCUAACGUCUAUGAUAGACCAAGGUCUCCCACUGAAGACGUUGAAAAAAUCACUACUCCUCAGAGAUGGAACUCUAGUCCAAUGGACGGAAGACCAACUAAUUUUCUCUCCACGUCACCUAAAAACUACAGCCCCGAUCGACUUAAAUCAGAUAUACAGCGAGAAUUGUUUAGAAAAGACGACGAUGUAGUUGACAAAUUUCAAGAAAAUGCAAAGACUAAACCAACUGAGGAACCGCAAAGAAUCUCAAGUCAAGAAGAAAAAUACCCUAAAUCUUUAUCGCCAACAAGAAGUUCAACUGAACCUUUGCAAAAGUAUCCUAAGAACCCAGCAAGAAAUGCUAGCCAAGAACCGGAGGAAACAUCUCAUAGUGAACCAGGUUACAUGAGACCAACAGCUACCAGCAAACCGAAAUUGAGCGACGAUUCUAAAUUACCUAGCGCAACAUCACCAACAAAAAAUGUACCUUCUAAAAGCCCCGAGCGUAGAUCUUCCAAACCUACCAUUAAUAAAAUCUCAGAUCAACAUUAUAAAUUUAUUGACGAAGAAACGAAAAUGUAUACUCGCGAUGACAAUGAAGAACUAGUUCAUAUGAUUCAAAAGCAGACUAAAAACGAAGGUUCUACUGAUUAUUCUGAAAAUGUAAAUGAAACAACGAAAUCACAUCGUUCGCCUAGUCCUGAUACCUAUCAUAAGAAAAUACCAUCUUCUCCUUCAAAGCCAAGCCCAGCAAGUCCAGUAAGACAAGGAAACUUAAAUGAUGACAUACCUAUUUCACAAAAAUCACCAACAAGAAAAAAUUUGCCGGAUGAAAAUCCUGAUAUAUUUGAUUUUUCACCAAAAUCUUAUCCACAAAAAAGUCCGUCCCCGUCGAGAAAUAAAGCACCGAAUUCAACUUCUACCAUCAGAUACAGCCCAGUCAAAGAUAAUCAUCCUGUUAUCACAGACAAUAAAGACAAAUUCACAGAUUCCUAUGACCGCAAAGAGUCCCCAACAAAAGACGCUCCUGAAAAAUACGAACCUAAGUAUUCUCCAGAAAAAAUUGUCUCACAACGCAGUAAGGCACCGUCACCAUCUAAGUUUGAGUCUUAUGAUCUAAAGCGUAAUACUUAUGAAGAAGAAAAAAGACGCAGCGUAACAAUUACAGAUGAGACUAUAGAAAAGUCAAAGCCUGAAAAGCAUCUUGAUUCUCCAAAAAUAGGGCGUGCCCCGUCUCAGACACCGACUAAUAAAUCUCCAAGAAACAGUACUUCGCCGGUCAAAUCUUUGACGAAAGAUAGUAAAUACAAGCAUACGUCUGACUUUAUUGGUACGGAAAGAACUACGGAAGAAAUUAAUAAAACCAAGCUAAAAGAACGACCAAGACAACUCAUUACCCCAUCUACCAGUCCAACGAGAAAACCUAAAGAUCUUGAGCAGGCUCCUUCAUCUGGACAAAGUUCACCAACUACAUCCGUGAGUGGUUUUGUCUAUUAUAAAUCACCUACAACUGAUAAAACAAUUGUCACAGACUUAGAUGAACAAGAUUUUAAUACUGGACCAAGAAAGGUAGUGACUCACGCUCCAAAAGAUGACAGUUCUAAAGAUUCACCGUCAUCAAAACUUCCCUGUAGAUCUCCAUCUCCAGAAAAACGCCCAACAAAAGAGAGCCUUCCUAGAAAAAGUUCUUUGAAAAAAUCUUCGAUUACUCAGAUAUCGCCUACAGAAAAACCUCCUACAAGUUUUAUAAUUUCACCAAAUGUCGAGACGAAAGAAUUCACGGAGCAUAAAGUUCAAAUUAAAGAUCAUCCUGAUAAAGAAAAAGAUAAACCAAUAAAAACUAAACCACCAUUUGAACGACGUGAAACAUACGAAGAAAGAUGUCGGAAAAUACUAGGCAUGAUUGAUACAGACGCAACUGAAACCGAAUCUGUUACAAACAAAAAUAUCACAAGUUCAAAAAAUUUGGAAGCUAAUGUUAGUUCACCGAGUGUUUCGCCUUGUAGAAGUCCUUCACCAAGAGAAGAAGAAAACUUGUUAUUUAAAAAAAAUGUAAAGAAAACUACGGAACUAACAAAGACUGAAGAAUGUACUACACAAGAAACUGAAAAUAAAAAUAAAACGACAGUUAGUCUGAGUAACAUCACCGAUACUUCAAAGAAGACUAAAACUCCAUCUCGAGAUACGUCGCCUACCAAGCUUCAAGACAUUAUGUCAAAUUAUGAGCACGAACGUAAUACCGAAAGCCUAUUAAAUAAAACAAAAACUGAAGGCUAUAAAAAACCCUCACCUACGCGUGAAAUUAAAAAUGAUCCUACUUAUGAACCUCGUGAGCCUAAGUCACUCUUACCUAAAACAGAUAUUAGCCAUGAAAUAAAUAAUGUGAAGAAUAAUUUAACAAAAAGUCAGGCCACAGAUCAAACUCCUAAACAGAAAGAAAAGAAAAGUGCUAUAACACCAGAAUAUCCAGAAAAGAUAGGUACACAUAGGCGCCAUGAUAGUCCAGUAAGGCAAGCUCAUGGUACUUAUGAUAAGCCAACUGUCGUUUCUCCCAAGUCAAAUAGGUCACCUAGUCCACCUAAAAAGCAAUUAAAAUCUGAGCUAUCUAUUACCAAAUCUGAAAUACAAUAUGCCACUGAAACUAUAAACGAAGCCUUUGUGAAAAAUGUUACAGAAGUUAUUGUAGACGAAACUGAUCACUUAUCAACUGUACCAAUUUCAACAAAACCAGCACGCAAAAUCCCUGUAGGAAAGACUAUUCCUGCAAAAAAUAGUGAAGUAAAAGUUGGUAACAAAACAGUGUCAACUACAAAUUCCGAAUAUAACUCAGAAUUUAUUGUUUCUGAAAAGGAGAGAGAAGAAUUAGACAGAAUACAAAAAUUGCCUAAACAACAUUCUCCAGACUGCUUUGAAAAAUCUCCAACUCAUAAAAAGACUCCAUUUAAACCAGUAACUUUGUCAACUGAAGAAGUAGGGUCAGAUAAUAUGGUAAAUCAAACUACAAUAACAAAAGAAACUACAAUUAUUGAGAAUGAUGAUAUAACUCAUAUUGAAAAACAAAACCGCGAGAAAGUGAAAGAUCAAAAAAUUGCAAGUAAACCACCAUCACGAAAUGUCUCUCCCACAAAAAAGGUAUCCAAUGUAUCCCCUGCACCAACAAGAAGUAUAUCCCCCAAAAAACCACAAUCACCAAUUGAAAGACCGCAAUCUCCUCAGGUAACCAAAACAAGUGGUAUCAAACCGAGAGAUCAAGUUCCUUCUCAUAUACGUAAACCAUCACCUAGCGGGCCGUCACCGACAAAAACAGAUAAAUCAAUUACAACUGAUGUUAAGAAACUUAACACUACAGUAAAACAAUCUAGUUUUACUAAAUCAUCAACAACUAAAGUUUCAACAAAUAAAACUACUCAAAAUACUAUCAAUAAAGUUUUGGAACAGGAGCCUAAAAAGACAUUUGCACCAAAAGGCACUAAAGACUAUUUGAAAAAAGAUGUUGAAAUAAAAGUAACGCGAACGGCUAGUGAUACUACAUUGAAAACUAAGAAGACUUCGCCACAAAGAAUGAGGUCUAAACCUGAAAUUCAAGUAAAUGAUAAAGUUACCAAACAAACGACUACUACAAACAAAUAUCAAAAAUAUUCGCCUAAAGAUUCCCAAACAAAAUUACCAACAAGCAAACCUAAAUCAGCAACAGCUUUGAAUACGUCGACAGAUGAAGACGAUGUAAUUAUUGAUGUUCAACAAGCAAAGUCAUCACGUGAAAACUCUCCAGAUCGUAUUUGUCCAACGCCAGUCGGAUUUUCAGACGAUAAUGGUACACCCAGAUUUCCCGAUGAAGUGAAUGAACCCGAUGAUGAAUACCACACCCGAACUCACCAUACGAUUCAUGAAACAGAAUCUAUAGUAGAUGACAUUGUCGAAAUAUGUGAGGAUGACGAACUGUUUGUGAAAAGAACGGACGAUAUCAAGAAGAGAGAUGACAGUCUACUUAGCGUGAAUGACAAAGUAUCGAAGUUUAAUACUAAAAUAGACAACGUUAACAAAACAAAAGAUACUACAACUCGAUUUAAGGAAACAGAAAGGAAAGUCCAUUCAGAUUUUGAUAAAGAAAAUUUAAAAUCAGAUCAGUGCUUACUGUCAGUCUCUGAAAAAGUUAACAAGUUUGCUAAAGGGCCGGUUGAUUCUAAGGAUAGGAGUCCUUCUCGUAAUAUCAUAGAUGAAUAUGAUAACAACACAACUUACCAGGAUGAUUAUACAAAAUUGAGCGUAAAUGACAAAGCUCAUUUGUUUAUUGAAACAGCUGAAAAUGUGAAAACUACUAAAACAAAACCAGCUCAGAAAAUUGAGCGCCCUGAUCUAAGUAGUGUAGACGACUCUUUGAAAAGUGACGAUUGUUUACUGAGUGUUUCGGAUAAGGUAAACAAAUUCGUGAAAACCGCAGAACAAUUUUUAAAUGAAACUCUUGAAAGUGAAGAGAAAGAACGAAAAAUUAGAGAACAACAUGAAAAGAUAAUGAGAAAAAUUGUUGAUAAUCAGGAUGAUAAUACAAUAAAUAAAAAUUUAAAUGAUUAUAUCAAAGAUACAUCUGAAUCAGAACAAAACAAUAAUUUAAGAGAACCCUCAUUUGCAAAAGAAACUGCGUCAUCUAAUGCUAAAGUCAGAGACGUGGUCACCCCUAAUGUUAAGACAUCUGACAAAACUUCUACAGUUAAAAUAACUACAUUACGUAGUAGUGAAGCAGUUAAGAAGGCUAAAGCAUUGUUUGAGAAUAUAGCUUCUACAACCUCUCCUAAAACUAAGGAAGUACCUAAUGCUAAGCCUUCGAAAGUACCUGAUACAAGUUUAACAAAAAAGACUCCACUAACAUCUUCAGUGAAUGUUCGACAAUCCUCUUUCGAUAACGAUGUUCCAAAAUCUGAAGUUAUAAAACACACUACAUCAAUAUCUGAAAAGGCUCUUUUAAAAGAAACUACUUCAGAGAUUCGGGAACCACAUGUUAUUCACAACGAGAAACCUCGUAGUAGUCCUGCUCGUUUAAGACCACAGUCGCCCGAUAGACCCAGAUCUCCUUCACAUAAAAUUAAAGAAAUCAGUUCAACUACGGUGACGACUAUUACUUCUGCAGCUGAUCUACCAAAUCAGGGGCGACCGAGUCUUGAAAAAUCAGACAAACCUCAAGAAAAGGUGCCAGGUUAUCAAAGACCAACCAAAACUAGUCAACUAAAGGAAGAAACAAAAGUUUCAGAGGAAACUGAUAUCAGCAGUAGACGUGGCAGUGGAAAGUUUGGAGUUGAACUUCGCAGAACCAGUAUUGAGAGAGCAACCGCCAGUGCUGAGCGCCGACGCAGUAGUGUUGAGCACCAUCAACCCUGCAUAGAGGAUAUCUUCGACCUAGACCUCCUGGAACAAAUGUUGGAAAAGGUCGUGGGCUACGAGCAGAGAAGACGCAUUAGAGCGCAAAUGCGUGUAGCAAAGAAGAUGGAUAAUGAACAAAUAACUACAAACACUGUUACAAGAAAUAAACAAACUAUAACUAAAGUUACUAAAACUAGCUCACCUGAACGUCAAAGUCAAAACAGAUCCCCUGAGCGCCACGCAAAACCUGCAAGUCAAAAACCACACUCACCUGAAAGACCACCUAAGCAUUCCCCACUAAAGUCUGCAACUCCUGAUUAUACUAGAAAACAAUCUCCACAAAUGCCUUUGACAUCCGAUAGUCAUCCAAAGGAAAAUGACAAGCCAAUGUUAAAUGGGCAUGCUAAAGAACCUACAGGGACAUUACCAGACAAGGAUAUCAGAUCACGCAGUCCUAACAAGCUAGCUCCAAAAGUCCCUACUAAAUCCAAAAGUCCCCUCCGGCAAUCUAGUCCUGAUAAAAAACCGAGACCAAUUUCACCUACGAAGACUGCUACACCAAAACCUAAAUCAAAUCGCUUUAGCGAAUACGCUACUGCUUACAUGAAAAAAGUUGGACUUGACGAAAAUGACAAAAAUAUUACUUCAGAUGUAAAAGUGAAGAAGACACCAGUUGUAGAACAGCAAAAAUCUAAAAAGAUUGAAACUCAUCAUGCCGUCGAAACAAAAAUUUCGAAAACUACAUCUAAAAAUAUCACCGAACGCACUUCUUCAAAAGAUACCAUUGAAACAGUUCAUAUCAACGGUAAGAGAUCACCAUCACCACACAAGAGUAUUCCUGGAACUCAAAGUCCAACUCCACAAAGAAAGGUUGAUUUAGACAACAGAAAAUCUAGUCCCGAAAGAAAAAUGCACAGUCCUGAUAGAAAACCAUACAUCUCGGAUAGCAAUGCGCACAGGCCAGAUCAUAAAGCUCCUAGUCCUGAGCGAAAAGCUCACAGUCCAGACCGUAAAGCUCAUGUACCGGAUCGGAAAGCUCUAAGUCCAGAACGUAAAGUUCAAAGUCCAGAUCUCAGAACUCAAAGCCCUGCUGGGCCACGUCAUACCCAACACAGCCCCGAUCGACUCACAAACCUUGAACUCAACCAUCAGAAGUCAGAUACAACUAAAACUAAGAAGGAAACCAUCAUAAAAACUGUGUACGAAAUCGAGAAAAAGAUACCUCCAAAACAGAAGCAAGAAGAGAAACCCUCUUGGGUCACAAACAGGAACUUAAAGAAGAUAACAUCAGAGACUCGCACUUUUAGCACGAAGAAAGUAGAGCCUGAGAAACCUAAGUAUCGCUCUACAAGUCCGUCGAAAGUGAUCUCCAAACCUCUUGAUGUUAUAACAUCUAGUUAUGGUCCAGGACCUUUGGACGCUGAUGGCAGACCUUUGUUUGGUAUCAAGGCAUUGAGAAAUGGAGCUUCAAAUUAUCAAGUGAAAGGUACUGUGGUUCGCCAAGAGUUCCACUCGCGGAACGGAGGCGAACCAGAAGGCACCGUCUCCGUGACCGCUUACUCCACGGAGCCUCAGGACCUGGAGAAGCUCCUGCAGUCCCAGGAACAGAAGCCGUCGAGGUUUCUGCAUGGUCUGGCGGCUAUAACGACGACGAAGAAGUUCGGCGGUGACACUGGUACCACUUUAAGCGCAGUUAAUAACAAAGAAGAACGCGCUGCAAUAGAUCAGUUUACACACAGCGACCGCCGAAUAACUGAGAGCAGAAUCACUAGCGGAACUAACAGCAUAGACAGAAGAGAACAGAAGUACACACAGAAGGAAAAAGUUGAAAACAUAGACGCUUUUGUUGAAGAUAGAAACGUUCAGAACAGAAGAGAACGUGAAGAAGAUAGACAAGCACAGAAUAGAAUAGAGCUUAUAGAGGAUAGACAAGUGCAGAACAGAACAGAACGCGUAGAAGAUGGACAAGUGCAGAACAGAACAGAACGCGUAGAAAACAGAUACGUUCAGAACAGAACAGAAAGGAUCACUGAUUUAAACGAUAAAAUAAAUGAUCGUUUGGACACAGAUGACUAUGAGAGACGUGUCUUAAAGGACAGAAAAAUUGAUACUAAAGAUAAGGGAAGGAGAGUGCAGGAGAAAACAGAAAAGAGAGUGGAGAUGGAGACUGUGGGGAAGAAAGCGAAUGAGAAUUCCGAGAAGAUCGCGAAAAGGGUGGAUGAAAGAAAAACAGUGAGGCAAAGUUCCGUGAAAUCACUGACUGAGAAAUACAUUAAGAGUGCCAGUGAAACGUCGAAGUCAGAGCGCACUACAUACCCUAAAGCUGGGCUGAUUCUUCGCACAUCCACCAUGAAGGACAGCAUCUCCAGCGACUCCUCUACCCAUGCUGGUCUGACCCGCACAGACAGCGAGCACAGCCUGGCGUCAGAAGAUGAGGUGGUGACCACCACCACCACGGAGCAAGAUGGCGACGGCGUGAGGACCACCACCACCACCACCACACGGUCGGGGCACGGCCGCAUGCAGGAGCGUUCCUUCCUCGACAGCUCCACCAAGGUCACUGGCGUGCAAGACAUCCUGACGAGGAUGAAGAACGCUGAUAUAGUGAUUGAAGAGGGAGACAGCAGCGCGGACACGGAGGCGCGUGCUCUGCUGAACAAGUUCCUGGGUGCGACCGUGCUCAUGGCCGGCAUGCAGAACUACGUUACCGAGAAGCCCACGGGCAAGCUGGUCAUCAAACAGGAGACAGUCCAGAGCAGUGCAGGCAAGGUGAGCAGCAGUCGCCACAGCGAGCAGCUCGACAUCGAGCAGUGCUGGGACGAGCGCGUCUUGAGGAAAUUAUUGGACGAGUGCAGCGACUACGAGCAGCGGCGACGUCUGCGCGCGCGCCUCCGCACACUCAUGGCUGAACAAGAAGCAUGCGCGAGCGCAGUGACCGCGGCGCUGGAGGCGGCCGGCGAGCCCGUCGAGGCAGAGGAGCAAGCGGCCGAACGCGGUGAGUCCCUCCUCCUCCCGCUGCUGCAGGGCCUGCUGCAGGGCGGCGGGCAGCGCCUGCUGGCCGGCCUCGGCGCCGCCUCGCACGACGUCGUCGCCGACGUGCGGCGCUCGCUGCAGCGGCUGCGCCUCGCCCUCGCGCCCCCCAACGACCACCCCCAAGCGCGCGCGCUCCUAGCCCUUGCCGACCGGCUAGAGGACGCCCUCGAUGCCGCGGACAGACUGGACGGCUGCAAGCGCAAGCCGAAACGACGCAGCCGCACCUCCCGCCACACCGUCGGCGUCACCCGCGAGGAACUAGAGGAAGCGCGGCGCAUGGUAGACCGAGGCCAGCUGCUACCGGAGUCCACUAAACCCAUAACCCCAUGCACCUCCUCGACGGAAUCCAACCCGAGCACCGAGGAACCGUCCACCCCUGAACGCAAGCAAAGUAUCGACGAUCAGGUCAGUUAUCACACGCCUGUCGAGGCGCGACACAAAUCUGCCCCCAUGCCGCAUAACGUCACUUACGACGCACCGAAAAUACACAGAGAUGCUUGCGUCGUAGAAAGACGAGCACCUGCGCCUCGCAAACCUGAGUUUUUCAGACAUUCAAUAGCAGACGCAGCGCUCGACCAUACUAAAAGUGCUGCCGAACGCUGGCGCUCGGACACAAAAAACAGCAUCGCAGCUAUCGCUAAUAAGUUUGAUUCUAAAGUACAGAAGGAACCUCCUCCCCCUAUCAGACGAGCCCCGGUCAGCCGACCGGCCCUCGUGCAACAGAAACCCGAAGAGGAACCGAAGCGCACCUCGUAUUACAGACCCCCACCGCCGGGGUACAACUUCGCAGCCCCACAGGCCGCAGCCGAUGAUCUAUCGAAACCUUUAAGUCGAUUUAACAACAACAAGCGCAGUCGCAUGAAACGUGCGAACACCAUAGACAUCGGCCGGCCGCUCGGCGGGUACAGGUUCGACGACGACACGGACGAAGAAAACAACGUCCAGCGCGCUCCGCAGGUGCCCCCGUUUCAGCCGCAAACUGAUAACGACAGGAAAUUUUUGGCGUUCAUGCAGAAAAAUGAGGAUAAUAUAGCACGAAAUCCAGCCGUCAAGCAAGCCAAUUGGAGUAGUAGGUUCGGUAAUAUUAAAAAUAACUUUGAAAAUCGCGAGAGACAGGAAAACGGAAGAUCUUUGAGCGCUUCAUCGGCUAAACGGUUUUGGAAAAACGCUAACGAGAGUUCACAGACAUCUGCACCACGGCCACGGAAAUUCUUAGCGGACAUCACUCCCGAAAUCGUUAAACCUCCGUGGGUAUCGCAACGCAGAGACUCCCUGCGCAGCCACGCCGCGGCGCCAGCGCAGCCGCCGCCUCCGCCCGUCCAUCCGCCUAUCUUGCAGACACCGAUUUCACCGGUCAAACAAAUAGUUAAACCGUUUAUUGCAAAGCCUAUACCGGUAAAUCAAUUUUCUCACGCACCUAUGUCCGCAUUUAAGCCACUCAAGAAGAUCACGUCCCCCACGACGGCACCCCCGAACAUUUGGAGUCCGCCUUCUUGCAGCAUUCCAGUGUCUCCAUCGACCGACUACCCGCUCGUUAUAAACGCACUCAGCCCCACUUCGCACGCGCCCUCGCACUCGACGCCCGAAGUCGAUAGGACUGUCGGAUUCACUAAGUACGAUUAUAAUAAUAAGGUAGAGUCGCAAACGGCUCCGCCGCCCAAAACGUACGGAUACCAGCAGCCCCCACCCCCGACUCACGUACGUCCGCAGACGAACUAUCCGAUCAAACCGAUCCCGAGCCAGAACAACCUAGCAGCGCCGGAGCUCGUGAAAAAACUCGGCGAAACAAAAACUCUCCCCAGCCCGGAACGAUUCCCACCCAAAGUGGACGCGCAGCAGCUCCAAAUAGAAUUCUACGAGAGGCAAAUCAGGGAAAAGUCCCGCAGCAAUUCGGUGAACGACGGCCGAGAAGUUCCCGUCCACAAGCCUCCCCCUCCCCCCAACUACACCAUCGUGGACUACACGCCGCAGAACGGCACCUCCACCUUCGUACCCCUCCAACAGACUCCCGAUAUAGAGAAGGCGAAGGCGCACAAGGUGGACUACUUGCCGGACGUCGUGAUGAACGAGAGUAACAACUACGAAUACAUCCCCUCGCCGACGAAGCGCGUGGCGCCCGCGAGCCCCUCGAAGCCGAAGGUCCCCCCCGAGCUGCAGAACGGGGUGCACGAGGCGGGCGCGACGACGGAGCACGGGCGCGUGGUGACGCGCGUGAUGCGCGGGCCGGUGCGCGGCGCCGCCACCAUCACGGCGGGCGUGCGCACGCGCGGCGCCGCCGACAGCCUGCGCGGCGCGCUCGACAAGGUGGCCCCCCGACGCAACCAGGUACGGCCGGCCCCGCCCCCCGCCCGCCCCGGCCCGUCUCCCCCGCACGCCGCCUCGCCGCCCCGCUCCCCGGCCGCGCUCCGCAGCCCCGCGCUCGCCGCGUCCCGCGAGUCCGUGUUCUCCGGCGACUCGCUCGGCAGCCGCGGCUCCAGCCCCGGCGCGGCGCUGGCGCGCUCCGGCUCCUGGCACAGGAUGGGCGAAUUCGGCCCGACGGCGGGCUCGCCGCGCAGGGUGGUGGCGCGCACCAAGUCCAUGCACCUGCUGGCCGUGCCGAAGCUGUUCGAGGGCGGGAUCGCGCGCGAGGAGCUGCCGGAGAAGAAGCGCACGGUGGAGGCGUACUUCGCGGGGCAGGCGGCGCCGCGGCGGCCGCUGCGCGCGCAGGCGCAGUUCGCGCUGGGCCGCAGCCGCACCAUGCCGUCGGUGUCGGAGCUGCAGUUCCUGGACGAGAGCAACGCCGACGACGCGUUCGAGGACCUGGUGUCGGCGCUCGCGUAGCCAACAUUCCACUAGUUAGAGGCGGACGAGCGAGACGCGCAGGAAGAGGAAGUGACGACUGUAACAUCGAGCGUGAGGAGGAACUCCACCGAGAAAACCGUUAGCAGUAGCACCACCAUCAAAAAUUCUAAAGUAAUUGAGAGCAUGACCAGGCCGGCGCCGAAACAAGUGUCGCCGUUCGCCAAAUUCCGUCAGCUCGAAAAACAAAACUCUACUAACUC